AUGAUUUAUCAUGAACCAGUGAUUGAGUUGCAUCCAUCAAUUGACAAAGAUUUUAAAAUAGAUACCUCUAACUUAUUAAACAAUCUUCAAACAAUGCAUUAUUAUACUGGCAAUGCUCCUGUUUAUCCUGUUGCACCUCUACAUGAUGUUACUCUUAAACUCAAUAUGAAACGAGCAGAACCUAUAGUUGUACUGCCAAAGAAAACAGAAAAUUCGUCAUUUUUCAAAAAAAUAAAGGACACAAUAUUUUUCUCUUCUACAAAUGUUAGAGCAUCGAUAUCUUAUUCAUCGAGUUCUAAUCUGACGAUAUCCAACUUAACAACAUUACAGCCACCACUAAAAAUUUCAUCAAAAUUACCUUUCUGUCGUGAUUCUGUAUAUUGUUUGAAUCAAAAUUCGAAAGAUCAUAUGGAGAAAUAUUUUCAUCUUUGUUGUUUCAAUGAACUAUGUCGAAAUAAAGAUAUUGAGCCUUAUCUUAUUCAUGAGCAUCAUAAUGUUCCUAAAUGUUCAGAUGAUGAAAACUGUUCCAAAAUAAUAGAUCCUGUACAACGUGCAGAGUUUCGUCAUACAAAUGUACCUGAUUACCUUAUUCCAUGUCGUUAUCAAGAUAAAUGCUAUGACAAAUCGUUAAAUCAUCGAAAAAAAUAUUUUCAUGGUGAAACAUUUCAUGAUUCAUGA